CUUGGGAUGAGCUUAUGGUCUUUGCUGUCCCACGAAAAUUCAUUCUAUGUUUCAUGGAGCCUUUCAUACGUUUCAGAAUGUCAACAGAUCUUUACGUGUCUCAAGCUGUGUAGAGCAAUGGCUUCCAGUCACAUGGAAGGACGAGGCAAGUAUUCCCUAAGCUUCACCGCCGUCCCAACACGCUCCGUCUCCUUCCUCACUAUUGGAUCAAAGUGAAUCAAGCUUUCGUACUCAGCAGACUCGAAGAGACGCGAGAUUUGCCAGGUUCAGAGAGAGAGAGAGAGAGAGAGAGAGAGAGAGAGAGAGAGAGAAGCAAACUCUCAGAAACUCAAGACAGUCAGAGAAAGCAAAGGUCUCAAAAAUCUACACACGGAGUCUGGUCGUGAGAAGGAAGGUCAGAGCAGCAAGAUCAAACCUUUUCAUCCCUGCGUGAGUGUGGCAAGUGGCAGCAAGUUUGAUCUGCACGGCGGCACAGAUGAACUACGACACAAACAUGCACGAGCUGGUACGGGAAUCGGACUCAGCCUUCACUCUAAGCAUGAACAGUGAUGAGAGUGAUGACGGCAGGUUGAGCUCUCCCUCCAGUAAUAUGUCCACGCUGAAUGACUCGCUGUCCCUUGAUGACAUACUGGACGAGGGCGGAGGGUACUCGAGGCGCAGGAAGUUCAACCUGUCGCUGAUUGACUUGGAGCGGCUGUUCCCGAGCAUGGAGGCGGUGUCGGCAGAUAUGCAGGUGUUUCUCAUCGCCGUGUACUCCCUGGCGGCGGCUCUCAGUCUGCUGGGCAACGUGACGGUCAUCCUCGUCCUGGCGUUCGGCAAGAGAUCCUCAGUGCGAUGUUACCUGAUCAACCUGGCGGUGUCUGACAUCACCAUGGCCGCCUUCUGCAUUCCCUUUUCCUACACCAGCUUCAUGUUCCACCGGUGGAUAUUCGCCCCAGAGUUCUGCCGCGUGGUGGCGUUCAUGCAGCACGUGUCGGUCACCUGCAGCGUGUACACCCUCGUGGCUAUUGGUGUGGACAGACACAAGGCACUCAUCCACCCGCUCAAUACCCGCUGGACCAAGUCACGCUCGCGGCUGGUGAUCGGCUGCAUCUGGGUGUUCUCCGUCGGGAUCUCCAUCGUGCCGCUCGUUGUGUCCGACGCCGAGCGAUUCAACUGGGGCGGCGAGUGGUAUUACGAGUGCAAGGAGCAGUGGCCGCGGACACAGAACGAGGUGUACGAGAAGACCUACACGGUGGUGCUGUUCGUGCUGACCUUCGCCCUGCCGGUGGGAGGGCUGGGCUACACCUACCUGUCCAUCGUGGCCAUGAUGUGCACCUACAGGAUGCCAGGCAAUGCAGAGCCCUCCAGGGACCAGCACCACCUGCACGCCAAGAUCAAGAUGAUCAACAUGAUGAUCGCCGUGAUGGUGUGCUUCGUGCUAAGUUGGCUGCCGCUCCAGGUGCUUCAGUUUCUCAUCUACUUCGUGCCUGAGAUCACCCGGUGCCGCGGCCGUCAGUGCUUCACCUACUACAUGAGCUUCUUCGUGUGCCACUGGGUCGCCAUGGCCAACUCCUUCAUGAACCCCUUCAUCUACUGCUUCAUGAGCAAGAACUUCAGGGAGGACUUUCUGCAGUUCUUGCGCAAGUGUGGCUGCAGGAAGGACGCGAGCCGCCGCCGAUCGCCGCCCUGGAGCCACAGUGACCUUGGCUCUUCCUUCCGGUCCAUCCUUAAUAUUACACACAAAACUUCAGUACAGAGCCCCAGCAGAGCAGGCCUGAGAGCGAGGCAGGACGGCCAGCGGGAGGCUGAAGACACUGAGCUCAGGCUCUUACAGCCAUCACACGGCAGCUUAAAAGACUAUCAAGUUUGUCGAAGUUCAGCGAAGUGGAGGGUAGUAAGAAGCAGCAGCGGACGGGGCGCUUCAGGCAAGACUGUGCUGGCCGUGAAGUCAUCAGCUGUCGCCUCCACCGACAUGAGGGACCCUUACAAGAAAACCAAUGGUGAACACACCCACUCCCCGCCUCCUCUAGGCUGCUUCACUGAGCGUCCAAAUGAAGUCCCCUCUUCCGUUCUCCAGCAGUGCUCCCCGACCCUCAUGGACACUCAGCUCGCAGACGAAAACUCAGAAAUCCCUAUUAAUAAUUGUUUUGCUAAAGUAAACUUGCAAAGAGAAAAUUAAUGUGAGUGUCGAGCUUGACCGUGAGCGAGUUCGUGGCAUGCGGUGGUGUGACUGGCGAAGGAGAUUUGCUGUGAUGCUCGGCCAUGUGCACGUGCAGUCGGUGCGUGGGUCGCGGCCAGCUCAUGGCCGCUACCAUGGUGUCACGAGCUACGAAUGCAAUUGUCGCGAGCACCAGUGCUGGUAUUAAACUUUUUUUGUUUACAUGUUUACCGCAAGGAUGAACUACGAACAGAAAAUGUGAUGUACUUUGCCACAGAAGGCAUCAAUCCACAGGUUACAAUUAAAUUUCAUAAAUAUUAUUUUCAUAAGAGAAACAUUGCCAUUAUCGUUGACGGGGAACGGAGGACUCGCACCGCCUCACCCACUCGAUGACUGCACUGCAUCCGUCAUCAUUAGAUAAGAACCACUCAACUUGAGAACGCCACCUUCGUCUUCUCCCAUGGUUAUUUCUUACAGAUUUGAGGACCAACAAGAUCACCUUCUGUUCACGUAUAUUAUGAAUUAAUGUCAUUAUUAUUGUCAUACUAUGAAUCUCUGUGUGUAAGAAUGUGUGUGUGUGUGUGUGUGUGUGUGUGUGUGUAUGUAAUCCAAGUGGUAUCCCUUAACUGUGAUCAAGCACACUCACUUUAGACCGUCUAUUGAGCUCCCAGACUGUUAUAUCAAGUCCAUCUAAAACAACCUCAAAUGACCCCCAAGGCCAAUCACUAACACUCCACUAGACCACACAACAACAUCAUAGGCCGGCAGUGUGACCAGAGAAUGCGGCAUUCCCUACUGGUGGUUCCCGUUAGAGAGACCACGCGGCUGCCAUCUAAGCUGAACUGAUCUUGCAAAUAUACAACGGCUUGGCAGUAUCUUGGAACGUCCAGAAAUUGAUGGCAGUCAGUUGUAAGGGACAAAUAUUUAUAGAAGUGGCCGAGAAUUUCAAUUAACUGCACUGACAAAGGAUGUGGUCCAAAUGUGUUGUUGCUUCAUGUCUGCUGUGUCGUUACAUGUGGUUCAGGUUGCGUGGUUGGUAAAAAAAAAAAAAACUGUGCGGUAAUCCAUACUUCUGUUGGUGUACAUUCCAGCAUUCAUCCAGGGUAAGCUGCCAGCGUUGUGGUAAAUUUACAGAGCGUCUGGUUUGAGUAAUGUUUGUUCCGCUUCUCUCAAACUGCUAUUGACUAACAUAUGGAUGUUUAUGUAUUUGUGAUCAGCACCAAAACUCCCCUGUUAGUAAAUUUGCUUUGUAUUGUAACUGUAUGUCUCAAGUGAGAUAUUUUAUCAUACUAAACUGUUCUUUCAUGA